AAAAAAAAAGCGAUUCAAGAACCUUUAACUGAACCGAAUAUCAAGAAAAUAAUUUGGUUUCCAACACUAACACUCUGCACCUAGGGAUCAGCAGACCUGAAGACCUACUACUGAGAAAGGUAUGAAGUUAGUACAAGUAGUAUGCUGUGUCUUCAGCAAAGUGAUAAAUGCAGGGCCUGUGCACCACCUGCAGCAGAAGUGAGAGAGGAAACGCCAUAGCUAGUCAAAUUGGGGAAACAGACCACAAGGCUAUUUUCUGCCUACGGAUUUAUUUUCAAGAAAAGUCGCUUCAUCUUUUGGAAUUCAGCCAGAGUUCAGUGGUAACUUGAACAAUUACUUUUAAACUACUAGUUUGUGGGAUACAAACAACAACAAUUAUUAUUAUUAUACAAUUGAGAGACCACACAACGGUAAAGCUAUAGUACUUUUUUGUUAGGGUUAUGAUAAAGUUUUAAUUUCCUGACAGCAUUCAGUUCUUUUUGGUACUAUUUGCUGCUGCAGGUUUUCUGAUUCAAUAACUCAAACCCUCCAAACUUCACUGUGCUGCUAUGCAGGUGUCCACGCAUUUGAUUGGUGUUGCUAUACUGAUUUGUUCCAGGGCUACAUUCACACCUCAUUGGUGCUCAUAUGAUGUGCAACCGCACUUUAAGAACACUAAAAACUUGAAACAUUAAUACAUCCUGCCAAACAGAGUAGAGUUCAUACAAUAUACUCUAACUCAACAAGAUAAAUGAAAUGAAUCCUCAAGAAUGAAAUUAAAGAGUGCAUCAACAAAAACAGCUGUCCCUUAAAUGAGGACAUGGCCGUAGAGGCACACUAAACCACGUCACCCAGUCUUCUGAAUUUAGCUGCGUCACACACAGAUUAACUCAUUUCCUAACGGAGCCUGGGUUCAUUUAAUCAAAGCAUCAGGCUGUGUGAGUAAUGCGAUUUCUAAAUAUGGCAUGUACACAGACCAUGACAUGUUACAGGAGGAAAAAAGUGUGAGAGAGAUCGAGAGAGAAAAAUCAGGGAGAUGAUUUGGUGGUGUGUGCAGAUCUGUAAUAUAAAACACUGAAGUCAGCAUCCCCCCCACCACACACACACAUCAUCAGCAGCAGUAUGGGUCGACACUGUGCUGCAUUUUGCCACCUCCCCCUCCCCACCAUUCGAUGAUCCUUCAUCUCCCUCCCUUGGUCCCUCCUUUCUCUCUCUCUCUCUCGCUCUCUCUCUCUACCUCUCUACCUCCUCUCACGGACAUCACUGAAGCAAGUGGGCAGCCAGCAGCAGUGGAGGCUAACCAGGGGUGCAACCACUCUGCAUGACCAUGCCUGGAUGAACGGAAAUGCAGGGGAAUGGCUAAGAGAGACUCUAAACCAAAGUAACUCUCGGCUGCCUAUGAUAGGAAAAGGUGGGGUUGGGUAGAUGAAAGGGAACAAGAGCGAAAGCGGACAGGAGCAUGAGACAGUGAAGACGAAACGUGGACCCUGACUAGGAAAACAUAUAAGACAGCAAGCAAUCAAAAUCACCUUCUGCUGCUCUAGGUAAAAGGGGGAACAGGAAAGAGAGGUCAGAACGGACAACGACAUGUUCACAAAGUAAUGGAAGGGAUCAGGACAGCCCGCACCACACCUGCCUCCAUGCCGACUAAUCUGUUGCUCCUUCUUCUGUUUGGGGUGCGUGUGCUGACCAUUUGCCCUCCAAUGUGCACCUGUAGCAGAGGCCAUAGAGCUGUGGACUGCUCUGCACGAGGGUUGGCUAUACUUCCUGACAGCCUGCAGCACAACAUUCAUUUCCUCAACUUGUCACAUAACCGACUCCAAGAUCUCGAUGGACUUCUCAACCAUUUUGACCACUUAAGAACUCUGGACAUCUCGUAUAACCAUCUGCACCACCUUCCUGUUGGUCUGCCAAGAGCGCUUUGGGAUGUACGUGCCUCUGGAAACUACAUCCGUCAACUGGAGAAGAACGAUACGGCCUACCACUGGAACCUUCAGAAUUUGGACUUGUCACACAACUUGCUGGAACGAGUGGUCUUAAUUAACAACACAUUGUCCAAUCUCCAAUCUCUCAACCUUAGUCAUAACAAAUUCUGGACUGUCCCGACAAACAUGCCCUACAAUCUGGAGAUGGUGGACCUCUCUCACAACUACUUGCUGCAGAUCUUGCCUGGUUCACUGGAUCGCCUUCCCAAACUUUCGAGAUUCUACCUGCAUGCUAAUCGUUUUACCUCAUUGAGUAAUGGUGUUUUCAGUCGAUUGGAUGGACUGCAGCUCCUCACACUUGGAGACAACCCUUGGGCUUGUGAGGAUGAGGAAAAUACAAACCAUCUGCUGACCUGGAUGCAACAGACCCCUGCAAAGAUCUUGGGCUGUCCCUGCUAUACAAGGCCUACAUGUGGAGAAGCCCACCUGGCCAACAGGAGAACCUGGCACUCAGCUGCAUUCACAGAGCCGCCUCUGGGUGCCGGCGCUCGUCAUCCUGGCCACCGAGCACCCAUGCAGGUAGUUACAUCUGGGUACCUGUCCAAGUCAGCCCAGUUGAAUGUGGGUCAAUAUCCAAGCGCUGUUAAUUCCUCUGGGCCAGGCGAGCAGGUUCUGAUUGUGGGUGGGGGAUUUCUCACAUCAACUCCACAUAGCCUGUCCACACACUCAAGCACAACAAUCCGAACGCGUAGCACCAAGAAGGUUCUUCCAAGCAGAGCUCGCAGCACAAGCCGUCAAAUCCACAUAUGCAGCUUUGAAAUCACCAUUUGGAGCCUUUUAUUAACAGUUGUCAUCCACUGUGCUUGCUGAUUCUGCAUAACAAUCUCUUGAACUAGACUUGCUGACAUGAGUCUGGAAGAGAAAAAAAAAAUCCACAAAGAAUGCAAAACUAGAGACUUACCUCUUAGUUUUCCAUUUUCACAUUGU